GCAAACAUGUUUUCUAACUCGAUCAAAUUGAAAACUCAGAAUGGUGAUGCAAGAAAUAAAUCUACGGGCUUAACUCAGCAUUUAAGUUUGCUUAAGACUUCCUCUGAGAUGGCUGUCAUAGAGAAAUUCCUACAUUUUCAGGGUUCUGUUCCUUGUAAGAUUCGAGCCAAAAGAGGUUUUGCCACUCACCCACGAAGCAUUGCAGAGAGGGUGAGAAGAACCCGAAUCAGCGAACGAAUGAAAAAACUGCAGGAGCUUUUCCCCAGCCUAGACAAGCAAACAAACACCGCAGAUAUGUUGGAUAUGGCAGUUGAGCACAUUAAAGAUUUGCAGAAACAGGUGAAGAAACUCACGGAUACGAAAGCCCGAUGCACAUGUAAAGAGAAGCCAUUGUCAAAUCUUUCUGCAUGAUAUAUUACUGUAAAGAUAGCAGUAGGAAGAUUGGGGAAGAACACAGCAAGCCAACUACUCAUUUUCAGUGUAAUAUUCGUAAGAACAAUAGUAUAUAGAUAUACACAGAUAUGAAUAAUAGGAAUAGUUUGAUAUUAUUUGUGUGGAAGUAGAUUUUGCUGGCUGUAAGUGUUCAUAUACCAAAUUGGUUGAUAUGCUGUUGAUAUAGUCAAUCUAUUUGCAAUCUAAUAAGAAUAUUUUACAGUA